GUGGAAAUAGCCAAGUAAGUAAUGAAACAGAAAUGAAAAACCGAUUUCCUUAUCACCGAAACCCAAAAGCCGAAUACUGAAAAAGGCGGGGGAUAAAACGAAAACCGCCACUUAAACCAAAUCGAAAACCCGGACAUUUUAAGUCCAAAAACUGAUGAAAAAGCGACAAAAAUUGUGAAACCGAAAACCCCAUCAUCUCCCUCUUCAGUGCAUCAGACUGAGGAAGUGAUCGUGAAGCCGCCACAACCUAAUUACAUUUCCUAUACAACUUAUUCAGUUUGACUUUCAUCUGUCUCUCUUCCGUAUUGGCACGAACUGAACAAACUAAACGCGAACUACUAUAAAAGGAUGAAGAGUUCACUUUCUAACCGUCAUUGUCAUAACAAGAGACGAAACUUGCUGACUGGACAACGCUGUGAUAAGAAUUGUACGAACUGGAUUUUCCUCGCGUUAUUCAACCAGUUAAAGGAAUGUGUAAUGUAUACCGUAACUGUUUUUUGACAAACGACAUUUUUUUUUUAGCUCUGGAAUUUAUAAAGAGGAGUCAUCCUAGAUAUUCACUCCUGCUGCUUUCCUGUUGACGGAGGACCAGAACAUCUUGAGCAAGAAUUUUAAGUCCUUGGUUUAAUUAAGAUAUCGAAACUACGAUCAAAGAUGAACGGUAUUGGUCCGGUCUACGAUAUCGCAAUAGUGGGAGCUGGCGCCUACGGUACCUCGGUACUUGGCCAAAUUUCUUUGCACUUGAUUCCCAAAGGAAAGGGGCCAUUCCGUAUUCUGGUGGUGGAGUCUACCCAAGACCUAGGACCAGGAAUGCCGUACUCGAGAUACAUGACCAUUCCUGAUCAUAUCGUGAAUAUUGCUGGCGGGUGCACUCAGAUUACGGCCACCUACAUUCCAUUACCUGAAAAAUCUGACUUUCUACUUUGGCUGCGCUCCCUCCCUCCAGAGUAUAGAGUGAGUUUGGGAAUUGAAGAAAGCGAGAUCCCAACCUGGCUGAAUAAACCAUUUCCUAGAUUUGUGGUAGGCCUCUAUUUAAGCGACCGCUUCAAUCAGUUUGUGAUGGCGCUCAGAGAAAAGGGAUUCACAGUGGAUGUCCGGCGUCUGACCAAGGUGACUUCCGUUCUACCUAAAAGCGUUCUUGGUGCGUAUGGGUAUGAACUCGAUCUUGACAAGAAGAACAAAGCCUUUGCUAGAAACCUGUUUGUUGCGACAGGACACUGGACCUACAACAGGUUCCCGGACUUUCCACACUGGCUUCCUUCACCCUUUCCACCACGAGACAUCCAGGCCAGAACCGAGCUUGGGGGCAACGUGGGAAUACUUGGCUGUUCGUUGUCGGCAAUAGACACUGCUCUAACUCUAAGUAAAAAGAAUGGAUCAUUUCAGUCGAUGCAUCAAAAUGGCAAGAGCAGCUUGAAGUUCGUACCCUUUAAAGGAGCAGAAAGAUUCAAGAUGACAAUGUACGGACGCAAGGCAAUGCUUCCUCAAGUAAUGGGCGUGGUUGUAAACAAGAUUUUCACGCACAAAUACCUGACACCUGCAUCUUUUAUUCCUAUCAUUGAAGCGAAUGAUGGCUUUCUUCCACUGGAUGACUUCUGGUAUCUCUUAAAAAGAGAGAUCUACGAUGAAGUUCCUCGACUUCGUGCGUACCUGCCAGACUGCUGGGAAACGGUGACGUUAGAAGAAGCUGUUUCUGAAAUGAGAAAGCUACUGCAAACAACUGAUCCGGUGGAGAGAUUAAGCCGUGAGCUUGAAGAGGCGAAAGAGAGCUUGAAAACUGGCGUUCCAGUUCUUCUACAGAAUGUCUUUUAUCAGUCGUACGCAGUAUUCGACGAGGCCUUCAGCUACUUCUCAGCGGAAGAUCGCAUCCGGUUUGAGGAAAUCAAGACUGAACUGCAUCUGCUUACUGGUCCCUUCCCAGUUCAAAAUGCUGAAAAGAUCCUGGUUCUUAUGAAGGACGGCCACCUUGAAGUUAAGAAGAUUGGUAAAGAGUAUGAAAUUGAAGAAGCAAAAGGGAGAAGUGGCAUCAAAUUGUCAUGGAAACCCGACGGAGAUACCACUUUUGAGGCGCAUCAUGACGUCAUGAUCGAUGCCACUGGUCAGAAGGCAGCGUUUGAGAAAGAUUUCUCCCCACUGACGACAUCUUUAAGAAAAGCGAAGCUCAUCAAAGAAAUUUUGGUCCCUUUUCGGAAUGCCAAAGAAUCACAAAAUCAUGAAGAUCAUCCAAACGUUGUGACGCGGGAUGGGAUCAACUAUUUCCGUCCGUCUGGUGCCCUGAUUGACAUCAACAAUUUCUCCUUGGUUCCUGGUACUGAAGAUCCUGUAGCGCCCAUAUAUUACAUGGGACCUUUCACCAUGGGACAAGUGGCAUUCCCACAGGACAUGAGUGUAGUCACAACAGCCGCUGAACGGGCAGUAGCAGACCUAAUCAAACGAGGCGUGGUUGAACGUGAUGGCAGCUAUGAAGUGGAGCAGGAUCCAGCGCCAAUUUACGGAUGGCUGAUAAAUAACAACGGAGACUUAGCAGGUCAAGUUGAAAGGAUGACUAAAGUUCUCGUGAAAACCACGAUUUAUGACCAAGGGGUGAAACUUUGGGAUUAAAACUGUAUGACUUUAAGAAAUAUGGAUUGUGCUUAUAUUUUACAGACAUCACUUCCAUAUUUUCCGAAACCCAUAUCUCCCUCGCCACAUAACUCAUGGCAUACUUUGUACACACAAACUGCCGCAAGAAUUGCUCCUUUGACUUGAACAAAACCGUUUCACAUCUUUACAUCUUGUAGGAGGACCUUUGCUGGUAUGUAGGUAUUGAUUUAAAAGAUUCGUUCAUAUUCACGCUUUGUAAUCAACAUUACUGACUCGGAUGGCCUUCGGAAGGGGCAAGUGCAGCAACAUGUUUGUCCAGUUUCAAGAUGAAAUUCACGAAGGAGGUCAAAGAGGUGCAUGGUUUCGUGUAACGACAGACGAGGAAUGCCAAAAGGCCUUUCAAAAUUAAAGGUCGUCCUUUUAUGUCUAGACUUUAGAGUCCAGUUUCUCUAAGAAAUUAAUAACUUCCA